CCCGCGGCCAGUCCCGGAGGCGGCCGCCGUCUGGACCCCGGCCAGACGUGGUCCCUAAACGUGGCCCCGGGAACCCGUAUGGCACGUAUUUGGGGCCGGACCAAUUGUAACUUCGACGGUUCGGGCCGUGGUCGGUGCGAAACCGGUGACUGCGGUGGCGUGCUGCAAUGCACCGGUUGGGGCCAACCUCCGAACACUUUGGCUGAAUAUGCUUUGAACCAGUUCAAUAACUUAGACUUUUACGACAUCUCACUCGUUGAUGGAUUCAACAUUCCCAUGGAGUUUAGUGCUACGAACUCGAACUGCCGACGCAUAGUGUGCAACGCGGACAUCAACGGGCAGUGUCCGAGCCAGCUGAGAGCACCGGGCGGAUGCAACAAUCCGUGUACGGUGUUCAGGACGAACGAGUACUGUUGCACGAACGGACAAGGAUCGUGUGGACCGACCACGUUCUCGAGAUUCUUCAAAGAUCGAUGCCGUGAUGCUUACAGUUACCCACAAGACGAUCCUACAAGCACUUUCACUUGCCCUGGCGGAACUACCAACUACAGGGUUGUGUUUUGCCCUUAAGCCCUAAAAUGACGAGUUUCCUCUCUCUACUUAUGGUCACCUACGUUAUUAGACCAUAUAUAUAUAUAUAUGUAUGUAUAUGCGCAUAUACAUAUGUUAGUGUAUGCGUGAAAGUAAUGGUGUGUACGUCGUACGUGCAUAGAUAAAUAAUGAAAGUAAUAAGACCACGUGUCGGUUGUUAA